AUGGAUGCUUCACAACCCGACUCGACAAGUCCUUUGACUUCGAUCCCCUCCGCUGCUGGUGAUCUCCAGGCGCAGGCAUCUAUAGCCAUUCCUUCACGGCAAUCAGUUUCCGAUCUCACUCCCAUCACCCCUCAAACCGACACCGUCCCCCCCGUUUCACCGGCAGAGACCCCUUCAGAGACAGCCCAUGCUCCCCGACUUCCUUCCUCCACGGCUGUCGGGCCUGACGAGCAUGUGGAGCAUGCAUACUGGGCUGGAAUUGAAGAGGACAGGUCAGGCCCCGAUGAAGAGGAGUUGAAGGAGAUCAACAGCGCGGAACAAGACUACAGUGCAUGUGAUCAUACCUAUUGGGAAAGCAACUUUUUCAGGGAUCUAAACGAUCCCGAGUAUGUGCCCAGGGAAAAGAUGCGUCUCACAUGGACGCUGAAGGGUGUUCGUGGUACACGUCAAGCGCCGAAUCGUGCUAAGGUCAUGCGGUCUCCGGCGGCCUUUGUCGGAGGGUACUGGUGGCGGAUCAAGUUCUAUCCUCGGGGUAACAAUGUGGGCUCACUCAGCGUCUAUCUUGAGUGCUCUCCAACCAUGCCCGAUCCGGACGAAAUACUUCCCGACACAAGCUUCACUGUCCGUCGGGGCAAAGCGGAAACCAAACUCGACGACGUGGUUCCCGAAUUCGAUAUUCAAACCCCUGCCACCUCCGACUCACGAACGUGGUUGAACGACUUCAGGGCUAAGUACGACCAGGCCGUCCCUGACGCCCGGGCCGUUGAAACGGAUGCAGAAGCCCAAUCGUCCGGGCCCUGGCGGGUCGCGGCGCAGAUCGGUGUCAUUGUCUACAAUCCAGAGGAACCACGAACGGGUUGGAUGCAGUCCUCGUGUCAUCAAUUCAAUCCUCACAACCUUGACUGGGGUUGGACUUAUUUCCACGGCCCAUGGGAUCAAAUACACAAACGUCGCCGGGGACAGCACCGAGCGCUCCUGAAUAAUGACACACUAGCCUUUGACGCAUAUAUCAGGGUGAUCGACGAUCCCACGCAGUCUUUGUGGUGGCACCCCAGUGAUUCAGAGCCCACGUGGGACAGUCUCGCCCUCACGGGCUAUCGUCCUCUGGGCGAUUCGGUCGUCAAUCACAGCGCUGAGGUGGCCGGUUUGGCGUCCUGGCUCCAUAUUGCUCCGUUCUGCAAGAUCAUCGAAGGAGUCAAUGUCCUGGAACAUCUCACUAAUGGUGAUGUCAAGCCGAAGCCUCUGUGUGAUGCGCUGCAAAAGCUGCUUUGGCAACUCCGCCGUCCGAGCAAGUCCCACCAGUAUGUGGACACCGACGGCAUCACGUCCACUUUGCGCAACCUGCGCGAGUUCUCAAGCGAUGUCUCUGAAUUCUGGGAGCGCCUGCGACGCACACUGGAGAUCGAGCUCGCCGGUACCGAGGCGGAGCGGGAAUUCGCCCAAUUGUUUGACAGUCCGACGCAGGAUGUGGAAGUGAACCGCCUUCCUGCUGCCUAUAACUCGCGACUAUGUGUGCGAGCUGACCAAGCCCAGUCGAUCGGUCAGGCAGUGAAAGAGUAUCUCGCGGCCAAGCCAGGACAGUGGUCUCUUCCUCCCGUCCUUCACGUUGAGUUGGGGCGCCAUGUGCUGGAUAAGUCGAUGCGUUGGCAACUGGCCUUUAAUCGAGUGGAGCUUGACGAAGAGCUGGAUCUUGCCCCCUAUGUUAUUGAUGGGCAAGGAUCCAAGUAUGUCCUCUACGGUUACGUCGUCCACCGAGGUCGUCGAACUUCCGGAAAGUUCUUCAGUAUCCUACGUCCAGCCGGUCCCGGCAGCAAGUGGCUUGCUUUCGACGAUGGUAGCGACAACCGCGUCGAGUGCUUGACCCAGAAAACCGCUUCGGGCCCUCAUCUGGGUCUCAGGGCCUCUGACCCCGUGGAUCACAAGAAGGGACAUGAUGUCCCUGUCAAUGUCAUGUAUGUUCGCAGUGACAUGGUCCAAGAAUUGCUUCCAGGUCCCCGAGGUCCCUGGCAAGUGUCCGAACCCCUGAAGCAGUAUCUCGAGACUGGAGUAUACGAGGCGCCUCGGCACGCCACCGAUCGAAAUGUCCACGUGGAGGUAUACUCGUUAACAGGCUACGAGAAGCUUGGCAGCCUGUUCGAUGGCUACGACUUGAUGAAGCAGGCCAAGGAGUCCAACUCUGUUAUGUACAUGACACUGCCACGCCAUUCCCGCCUUGUAGAAUUGCGCCAGAAGAUCUCCACGUGGAAAUUUUCUGGAGAAAGCAACGUUCGUCCGGAGCUAGUACGUCUCUGGCAUCUUGGACAGGCUCGGGCUUACUGUGGCUCAACACCCGCGCUUGAUCUGAUCACUGAUCUUAACGCUCCUUUGGAUCCAUCCGAGACGACUAUGCGGUUCUGGAUGGAGACCAUCUCGGAGGAUGACGCGAAGGUUUUCGGAAUCCCUGAUCCAGAGCCAGUCAUUGUGGGCGGAGAUAAGGCGGAGGAGUCCAUCGUCGAACGCUCCGGCUUGAACACUCCGGACCUCUCGUCAUCGAAUGCCGACGGAGAGGCCGUUGCAAGCUCCUCCGGAUACAUUGGCUCCAGGACCCUUCCGACCCAUGCUGAUCUUUCAAACACUUCUGAUGGCAACGCGCCCGAAUCCGAGUCCCAAAUCGCCAUCGCCGCUGCCGAGGUUGAUGCGGCUGCGACAGGGCCGGCUCCAGUCGUCACCGUCGCGAAUGCGGCCGAUCAACGAUCCUCCUCUCCGACCCAUCGGUCAGCCUCGACCUCUCCGCCCCAGAUUGAAUCUCUGCAGGACCCGGCGCCUUCAUCGCCCGCUGGACAUGCUUACUAUUUCAUUCAAAUGUUUGACCCGGACAAUCAGGUCUUGCGGACCGUCGGCUCCUUCUUUUCGAAGUUGGACGCCAAUGUCAAGGCAUCCAUUCGCAAGCAUAUGAAAUGGACCAUUCGUCGUGACUUCCUUUUGUGGAAGCGAGUUGACGGCACUACGGUGACCUCGGUGUCUCCGGCAGAGACUUUCGGGGAUGCAAUGCUUGCUCAUGGAUCUUGCAUCAUUAUCGGUGAUAAGAUCACGAAGGAGAAACGAUCUCAGCUGAGCCUCGAUGGUCUCUUCUCCAGCCCCGACCGACUGGUUCACUACUUGUGGGCUGAAUCCAGGCAUCACCCCCUUGCGGGGUUCACUGGUCACCAGACUCUCGAAGCCACUUUUGUCAAUGACUUCUACAGUGGAGAAAUCUUGAAAGGAUACUAUCACGGGCGUGGCAAGCACAUCUCUGCGACUGGCACUGUGUAUGAGGGGGACUUCAUCUUCAGUCGUCGCCACGGACAAGGCAAGAUGGAGUAUCCAACUGGCGAUACAUACGACGGAGACUGGGUUGACGAUGUCCGUCAUGGCCAGGGUACUUACAUUGAGAAAUCGACCGGCAACAAGUACGUCGGAGGCUAUAAGGACGGCAAGCGUCACGGCAAAGGUAUCAGCUACUGGGAAGUGGCUGACGACGAGGCUGACCUUUGCCAAAUAUGCUACUCCGAAGAGCAGAAUGCCGUCUUCUGCGACUGUGGACACAUCUGUUCUUGCGUGACAUGCGCUAAGCAGGUUGAUCUCUGCCCGAUUUGUCGCAAGACGAUUAAGAAUGUCAUCAAGAUCUACCGGACAUGA